AUGUCGUCGAAGAUUGCAGCAGAUCAAGAAAAGAAUUUGGGUGGUCCUACUCAGGCUUCCGUUUAUCCCGCUGGGAACGGUUAUCCUCAAGACAAUAGAUCACCAGACUACGAUCACGGUUAUGUAGACCAUGAUACAGGCGUUGGAAAGAGCGAGAACUCUCUUCAUCGAGGUUUGAAGCCUCGUCAUGUAUCGCUCAUCGCCAUCGGAGGUGUUAUCGGAACAGGUCUGUUUAUCGGAAGUGGAACUGCCUUAGCCAACGGUGGACCUCUGGGUUUAUGGCUUGGGUUCUCGUUUGUUGGAAUAUUGGUUUACUUUAUGAUGCUCGGUCUCGGUGAAAUGUCUGCAUAUUUACCUAUCACCGGUGGUCAAUUGACGUAUGCUGGACGAUUCUUCGAUCCUGCUCUCGGUUUCGCUAUGACUUGGAGUACUACGAUUCACUGGGCAUUAACUUGUGCAUCUGAGCUAUCCGCUGUUGCUGUUCUAGUGAACUACUGGCUUGAACCCAGCAGAGUCAACAACGCGGUAUGGAUUACCAUCGGUUACGUUAUCAUCGUUCUUCUCAAUUUGACUACCUCGGGGGUAUACGGGGAGACAGAGUUCAUCUUUAGUUCGAUUAAGGUCCUCACCAUCAUCGGCUUAAUCAUUCUCGGUAUUGCUAUCGAUUGUGGAGCCGGCCCUACUGGACACUAUCUUGGAUUUCACUAUUGGAAGGAUCCGGGCGCAUUGGCUCAAUAUGAGGGAAUCGGUGGAGCGAAAGGAAGAUUCCUUGGUUUCUGGGCUGUCAUGACACAAGCUGCUUUCUCCUAUGGUGGAGUCGAGUUUUUCGGUAUCACCGCUGCUGAGAGUGCCAAUCCUCGAUUUUCCAUUCCUCGAGCGAUGAAGCAGAUUUAUUUCAGGAUUGGUGUCUUCUAUAUCCUGGGUACAUUCAUACUUGGAUUGAUUGUACCAUUCGAUAAUGAUCGACUUGGUACUUCGAGUGACGCUGCGGCUUCCCCUUGGGUCAUUGCUAUCCAGCUGUCCGGCAUCAAAGCGCUGCCGCAUAUCAUCAAUGCCUGUCUGAUCACGUCUGCUUGGUCUGCUGGUAAUGCCGAUCUAUACAUUUCGUCGAGAAGUCUCUACAACAUGGCCCACAAGGGCCUUGUCCCGAGGAUUUUCCUUAGAACCCACCGAUGGGGUACACCUUAUGUCGCUGUUUUGACAAUGGCUCUUAUACCAUUGUUGGCGUAUAUGACAGUUAGCACAGGAGCUGCCAAGGUAUUUGGCUGGUUUGUCAAUCUGGUGGCUGUCAUGGGGCUUGUCGAAUGGAUGGGCAUCUGUCUAGCCUACAUUGGUUUCCGACGAGCGAUGAAAGCGCAAGGUUUUGACAGAAGUACUUUGCCAUAUAAGAACCCUCUUGCUCUCUUUGGAGCUUGGUUCGCGUUGUUUUCAUUUGGAAUCAUUAUUCUUUUCUCCGCAUGGACGGUGUUCAGAGAUACGGAUAAUUUCGACCGGGCUACUUUCAUCACCAACUAUCUGCCCGCCGUCUUCUUCCUAGCUUUAUACUUUGGUUACAAGAUCUAUGGCAAGACGAAGAUCAUCCCUCCUACUGAUGUAGACUUGAUCACCAACCUAGCCGAGAUUGAAGCUACCAUCGAAGAGCGUCCUCCGGCCAAAGGUUUCAAAGGAAGACUUCAAGCCAUGUUCCUAUGA